AUGUCUUUCUUCUCCUCAUUCCAACAACACGCCGGAACCUUCGCAACAAUAGCAGCAGGUGCUAUUCUCGCUAAAGCCAUUGGGAUCAUGCAGUCAGAUACCCAAGAUGACCACUCGGGACCGGCCGCGCAGGAGCCCGGGAACUACAAGCCCUCGCACGUCGAUGUCAUAGUCGUUCGGGUCAUGGUCGAGAAGGCCUUCAACUUCCCGCCCGAGCUCCUGGACCUCAUCAUUGACCAAGCCGAAUACUGGCCGCACUCCGAAGCCAGCAUCUACCAUGCAGUCACACCCCUCCGCGAUGCUCUUCGCGUCGUCGGCACUAGCAGAGACGAGAACAAGUUCAUCCUGAGGUGUCCACCUAUCGGAUUCCUCGACUUCAAGACUGUCGGCCCGGCGUUCAAGACUGCUCCUCUCCCGCCCAAGUCGGGUGAUGGAUCACCAGUUACGGAGCCUCUCCGCAACCUAACGCUGCUCGAACCCACGGCGAGCCCCACCGAAAUGGCCUCCGAGGCCCCGAGAGAAUACUUCACAGGGUCCAUGAAGGCGCCGCCCACUCUGACCCACCCGGUCCGAAAGAUCGUCUUCAAGCUGCGGAGCAAGGAUCAGGGCUGGGGCGGUGGACACGGCGAUCGUGGUUCCUAUCGAGGAUCCUGGUCUUGGUUUGAGGCUGGUUUAGAGAAGUUUGACAAGGAGCGCACCUGUGAUGGAUCUUGCAAGACGGCAGAAGCGAGCUCGGAUACAGGGUCCGAGGAGGCCCCCUUCACCAACGAAACGAAUCUCUGCACCUGCGGACUCCAGUCGAUAUAUCCGCCGGUCGAAACAACUUCUGAUGGAAAGAUCGCCUAUACCCACGGCCUCCAACCGCUGGAGAACCUCAAGAUACAGACCAACAAAACUGCGAACAGGGAUUUCAUGGACCACGAGGUAGUCUGGUCUUGGACAGAUGACGUUCAUCCAGAGUCCCCCGAUGCCGACCGACUGGCUGACAUAGGUCGGGGCAAGGGCACUGCGACUGGAAAAUUCGUUCGCAACCUCAAGCUGGGAGACGUGGUCACGGUAUGGGCCAAGGCGAGGUUCGGUGGCUGGGCCAAUUACGUGGAGAGCGUCAAAGUUGAGAUUUACUGGGCUGUUUGA